AUGUAUUGUACAACUCAGCUGAGCCUGAUUCUAUUCUCUACCACUGUCACAUUUUCCGCCGUCGAUCGUUCUUUGAUUUUUCUGAUCAUUUGCCCGACGAACAGUAAAAGGGGAUUCAGAGGCGGAGAAAACGAAACAGAGACUCGGCUAGUUUUGUUUUCCCUGUGGAAGUUGUAUUUUUGGAUACUUCAAAUGCCUUCAGCGGUUUCUCCCUUGUGGCAAGAGAAAGCUAAUGAUUUUUUUCAAUCCUCGGGGGUCAAGCUCAAAGAGGCAGGACACUCUGCUGGAACAUUUGUUGGGGAGGUUGCAAAGGAUGCAAAGGACAACGUUACUGAUGUGGCAGGGAAAGUCGGGUCAGCUGUCAAAACCCGGUGGGCUAUCUUCCAGCAACCAUCUACCAGGCAUGCCAUGCAAGAGCGCCUUAUUUCUGCAGCUGCUACGACAAGCAUGUUUUUGAGAAAGGGGUUUUCGGAGACAAAAGAGAAAAUGGUUGUCGGUAAGACAAAAGUGGAGGAGGUGGCGAAGAAGACUGCCGAAAAAAGCAAGGUUCUCCUUACUGACAUUGAGCGAUGGCAGAAGGGAGUUGCAAGUACAGAUGUGUUUGGCACACCAAUUGAGCUUGCUGUCCAGCGCCAACAGUCCAGUACGCCUAUUCCAAAUGUAUUGAUGAAAUGUGCAGAUUUCCUAAUAUUAUCAGGACUAAACACCCCGGAGCUGUUCAAAGCCCAAGGCAACAAAAAAGUUAUUCAGCAUUUAGUAUCCUUGUAUAACCAGGACCCAAACGCAUUACUACCGGAGGGUGUACGCCCAGUUGAUGUUGCAGCUCUUAUCAAGUGUUAUAUUGCAAGCCUCCCUGAGCCAUUGACCACCUUUCAGCUGCACAAUGAUAUCAGAAAUGCUCGUUCAAGCAUACACUUAAUGAGAAACACUCUCAAGAAGCUGCCAACUGUGAACUAUAUGACUCUUGAAUUAGUCACUGCAUUACUCCUUCGUGUUAGCCAUAAAUCUUCUCUUAACAAGAUGGAUUCUCGGAGCCUGGCAAUGGAAAUGGCCCCUUUGAUAAUGUGGCUGGAAGGUCAGAGGCCAGAGCACUAUAUACAGUAUUGGACUCAAUCAUCAAAACUCGAUUCCAAGAGAAAUGAAAAUUCUGUCUCCAGCCAAAGCGAAUGGGAUUUGCUUUCAGAUGGUGAAGCUCAAGAUGCUGCAUCAUCAUCUAUCCCCCUUGACGAUGGUGUGCCAGUCGAUUUUCGUGCUAUUGAAGUUAUUCAGUGUUUGGUUGAGCAUCACAAUGCGGUUUUCACGGAUGCAAAUGAAACUGUGUGGAGGUAG